AUAACGAACGUCGGCCGCAUAUUUGGGGCAGGCGAAGACUCAGCCAAUGUUCAUCUUCACCAUCGGAUCUGCAAUAGAUCGAACAGUGCCUUUUAGACUUUUCCCCUAAUUCAUGCUGCCCUCCUUCCCUUCCACUUCCCCUUCCCCUGCCCGUCUCCCUUUCUUCUGCAAAAGAAUACAUCGCCCUUCGCUCACUGUCGCCUGGUGGAGGUCACCGGCUAUCGGCUGCCGUCUUUCAACUGGUCCCAACACUGCAGACCGGUGCCGGUGAUGCGAGACUGUGUUGUCCGGCGGAACAGCUGCCUAAGCAUCCACUGCCCUCGUCUCAACUGGAGCCGAUGCCGCAUAAGCAUCCACACCAAUCCAUCACCGUGUCCCGGUAACAGACAUACUGGAGUCACCGAAGACUGAGUGUUUGUUCGCUAUUCGAGCCACAUCACGGCCCCCUGUAUCGUUCGCGACAACCCAGUCUUCCUUUCAGUGGAUUAGGAGCAUUCACCGGAAACAGGCGACUGCAGGCUCUUUCUUUCUCACCUUCAAGAAGCAACCGUGAUGGCAGGGGUGAAGAGGUGGGCAUUUUCUCUCACUACCCAUUUGCGCUCUCGCCGGAUCCUCCCCAUGGCUGCAUUGAGCAUCACUCCCCACGCUUUGUGUGGGAAGAGAGAAACUAUAGUGUGUGGGACUGCAAGAAUGAUGAGUAAUGUUCCCAAGGAAUCUGUCUAUGGAGGUCCUAAGCCCCAAAGUCCUUGGGAGCGAAUCACCCUGAAGCACCUCAAUCUCAUGUAUCUCAAAGGGAAGCCGAUCACUAUGGUCACUGCUUAUGAUUACCCAUCUGCCGUCCAUCUUGAUGAAGCCGGUAUCGAUAUUUGCUUGGUUGGUGACUCUGCAGCCAUGGUUGUUCAUGGGCACGAUACCACCUUGCCAAUUACUAUGGAGGAGAUGUUGGUUCAUUGCCGGGCAGUCGCUCGAGGCGCGAAAAGGCCACUUCUUGUCGGAGAUUUGCCUUUUGGAAGCUAUGAAACGAGUUCUAGUCAGGCUGUGGAGUCUGCAGUAAGAAUGCUCAAGGAAGGAGGCAUGGAUGCUAUCAAAUUGGAAGGUGGAGCUACAUCUAGGAUAGCUGCUGCAAAAUCCAUUGUAGAGGCAGGUAUAGCUGUUAUGGGGCAUGUUGGUCUCACCCCUCAAGCGAUUAGUGUUCUUGGCGGUUUCAGGCCACAGGGUAGAAACGUGGCUAGUGCACUUCAGGUUGUAGAAACUGCACUUGCACUCCAGGAUGCUGGAUGUUUUGCGGUGGUUUUGGAAUGUGUACCAUCUCCUGUUGCUGCAGCUGCGACUUCUGCCCUGAAAAUCCCAACCAUAGGCAUUGGCGCUGGUCCGUUCUGCAGCGGUCAGGUGCUGGUUUACCAUGACCUUCUGGGCAUGUUGCAACACCCACAUCAUGCGAAGGUCACUCCCAAGUUCUGUAAACAAUAUGGACAGGUGGGAGAUUCCAUCAACGAAGCACUUCUGCAGUACAGAGAAGAUGUGGUGAAUAGGUCAUUCCCAGAUGCUGCUCACACGCCUUACAGAAUCAGCGCAAAUGAGGUUGAUGCCUUCCUCGGUGAACUGGGGAAAAGAGGCCUGAAUGAAGCUGCAUCAGCAGCAGCAGAAGCUGCUGAGAAGGAUGCAAAAGCUGGAAAACCAAGGAUUGAAACUCCUGCCGACUGAACAAGAUGGAGCUAUUCAAUUUGUAGCUCAAUAAUUUCCUUUGAACGGGCUUCUAGAUUAUGGGAAUAAAAUAAUAUGGAUAUCCCCCUUCUCUUAUGGCAAGAAUGGCUUUAAAUUAAUUGAGCUAGACGUGAGGAAGUUUUUAAAUAAUGUUAGUGGAGCGGCCAGUAUAUUUGGGCAGUUUAAUUGGAGGUGAAGUCCUUGGCUUUGCAGAUUGGUAUUUGUGUACGUUCUUUUCACUAAUAUCGAAGCUUUUUUGCGCA